CGCUGAGCGGCAGCACUGCACCUCCAACCCAGCGCGCGCCUGGACCGCUAACACAUCCACCUCUCUCUCUCUCUCUCUCUCUCUCUCUCCCCUUCUGUGUGUGUCCGUGCACAGUUUACCCCCUCAUCGAUACGUGCAACUGAUACUACCCGGGAAAACUCGACCUCACACGGCGAUCGUCUUGGCUGCGUGUGUGUGUGUGUGUGCGUGUGUGUGUGCGCGCGCGCACGCGUGCGCCGCAAACUUUUUCCUCGCAUGCUCCUCGGCUCUCUCUCUCCCUCCCUCUCUCUCUCGCUCUCUCUCUGCGCCUGGCACGGAAAGAAGAGGGAGAAAAAAGUUUCGCUUGUUGCUGGAUAAAAGGACGAACAGGAUCUGGGAAGGAAUUACUUUCUACACCGACCAGCCCUAUCCAGCUUGAAUUGCCAGCAAGAGGCACCCAUUCUUAGUAUAAAGGACGGACCCAAUCGGCACCAUACUCCCCAUACCGUUCCCCCCCGCUCUUUUCUCUCCACCCCUCCCCCCUGCCCCACUGAGCUCUCCGCUCACCCCUCCUCCUCCUCCUCCUCAACCGACUCCCCCUGCCAAGAUGGACCUUCACCACCGAGCCGCCUUCAAGAUGGAGAGCUCGUCGUACCUCCCUGGCCCACUGGCGUCUCCGGCUCUCAUGGUGCUGGCGUCAACAGCCGAUGCCAACCGCGAUGCCUCAGCCCCGUGCCAGCAGCCACGGCCGUUCGGUGCACCCGUCUCUGUCUCCGACAAGGACGUGCACCUACCGUUCGCCAAUGGCUCCUACGCCUUUGCCUCAGUCUACCACCGGCAACCUGGUUUCGGUGGCCGUGAUUUUGCACCGUCUCUCCUGCACCUUCACCACCAGUUUGCACCACCUGGCCUGGACUGUCCACCAUCCAUCGGUGUGCUCAAUCACGGUGCUGUUGGAGCCUUCCGGCCCUUCGCAUCACCACCAGAAGAGCGCGAAUCGGCCUCUGGUGCGUACCAAUCAGCUUUCACUCCAGCAAAGCGCCUUAAGGGCUGCCUGGAGGCAGAAGCCUCUCCACACCUGCGCUACUCCGACGCCGAGGGUAAAGAGUAUGACUACGCUGGUGCCCAUGUGCCCUCAGGCUCACCCGGUGCCCUCAAGGCCGUGGAGGAUGCUGGAAAGAAAAUCUUCGCCGUCUCUGGCCUUCUGUCUGACCGUGAGGCCUCAUCCAGCCCCGAGGACCGCAUUGAGCGCUGCAAGAAGAAGGUGUCUCUGUAUGACAGCCAGGCUCCCAUCUGCCCUAUCUGCCAGGUUCUGCUGCGUCCUGGUGAGCUGCAGGAGCACAUGGAGCAGGAGAUGGAGAGGCUCACCCAUUUGCACAUCAGUAAGAACCCAUCACCGAAGGAUCUCAGCACAGCGCCCGGCACGCCCAAGUCUCUCCUGUUGUCAGUGCACAUCAAGCGUGAGGGAGAGUCUCCAGUAAUCUCACCGCUGUCCUCUGAUGACCCGCACCAUUCUGACAGAUACCAGACAUUUUUGCGUGUGCGGGCAAACAGACAAACACGCCUGAAUGUCGGUGACCUCUGCUGGCGCAGGCGUUACGGCAAGGAUGUGCCCCGAGAUGUGCCCCUAGCUCCCUACUGCCUACAUGAUGCUCGGAUCGGCAAGCUGAAGCGGCGGAAGCCGGAGGAUGGACAGGUAUGUCCGCUGUGCAGCGCUCCGCUGGAAGGAACAGUUGAGGAAAUGAAUAGGCAUGUGGAAGAGUGUCUGUUAAAGAGGGAGGGAGGCAUGGAGGAUGACCAGGCCGACAUGGAAGGCGAGAACGGCACCCGCUUCGAAGAGUACGAGUGGUGCGGCCAGAAGAGGAUCCGAGCCACCUCUCUACUGGAAGGAGGCUUCAGAGGAACAGGCUUUGCCAUGUGCAGUACAAAAGAGAGCCAUGACAGCGAUGCGGACCUGGAUGUGGACGGAGACGACACACUGGAGUACGGCAAAGCACACAGGUACACUGAAGCAGAUAUCAUUCCCUGUUCCGGCGAAGACCAAGGAGAGACCAAAGAACGCGAGGCACUCCGUGGAGCCGUCUUAAAUGGAGGCAUGCCGUCCAACAGGAUAACGCCGGAGUUCUCCAAGUGGGCUAGCGAUGAAAUGCCGUCUACCAGCAACGGUGAGAGCAGUAAGCAGGAGGCCAGCUCCGCAUCGAUGUCCACCAUGCCCAGGACUUGCAAAAACAGCGAGAUCGAGAAAAUCACAGAGGAUUCUACAGGCACCACACUGGACGCUCUGAAGGCUCGCAUCCGAGAGCUGGAGAAGCAGAUCCUCAGAGGAGAUAGAUACAAGUGUCUGAUCUGCAUGGACUCCUACACAGCGCCCCUCACCUCCAUCCAGUGUUGGCAUGUCCACUGUGAAGAAUGCUGGCUUAGGACUCUGGGAAAUAAAAAACUGUGUCCACAGUGCAACACCAUCACGUCACCAGGAGACCUCCGACGCGUGUAUUUGUGAACGAGUCCCCUUCAGCGUCUCGAUUCUUCCCCCGUUUUUCCUUUUUUGUCCGUUUCGUUCUGGUGGAUUUCAGUUCCCUUUUCCAGACUGAGAGUCUUGUGCCGAUACUAACAGGGAGCGUCUGAUGUAGCAGCAAACCGAACAGGGACUUGUAAGGACUAUGUAUAGACUCAGUACUUCCCUGUGAGUGAGAAGCUCCUCCCACUUCUUGCCCGGCCUCUGACUCUGCCCCCUUGUGGUGCUCCAUGUUCCGGUGCAGGUCCAUAACGCUGCUGCCCGCUUCGCUUUGACACGCGUCCUCUGUCUGCUACGAUGGAGUGUGUGUUCGUGUGUGUGUGUGUGUGUGUCUGUGUGUGCAUGUUGGUGGGAUCUCUCUCAGCAAGGUCACUGAGCUAGUCUUCAGCUGGGAGAGCCCUCCAGCCCAACAGGGACUUGAGAAAAAAAAAAAAAUAACUGAUAAUAGUUUAGCCUCCACCCUUCUGUCCCUUUUCGUCCCUUUCUUCAAACUGUCAUUGUGUUCUUUCUCCCCCACCCUCGAUUUUCACUUCUUUUGUGGUGUUCUAGUGACGUCAACCAAAUUCAAUGAACCAGUGCAAGCACAUGUAUUAUAGUCUGUAUGUUUACGGUGUUGUGAGUAAAUGACAUAGAGAACACACUUGUAUACACAUGCAUAACAUGCGCGCGCACACAAAAAAACAAAAAAAAAAGCCAAAAACAAACAAAAAAAAAGACACACGAGUAUAUAUUGCAAACGUCCAGUUUUAGUUGGGGCCAGGGGUCGGGUGGGUGAGGGAGGGGCUGAUGUUUCAAUCUUUGUGGAAAAAGAAAUCCCUCUGUAUUUUUAAACAGAUGUUGUCUUGAGGUUGAAGUUGUAUUUCAUUGUACAGGAAGAAAUUUAAUAAUAUUAAUAAUGAAGUACUCAAACUAGGCUUUAAAGGUUUAGGCUGUACAUUUUUUUUUUUUCAACUCUGAUAUACAGUAUAAACUGUAGAUUCAAAUCUAAAGUAAGGGAGCUCAUCUUUUUUCUUUGCCUUUUUUAAAUAUUGGAAAGACUGAUUUUUAAUUUACUCUUAACCACCCUGAUGCUUUCAAAUGACAAUAGAAAUCAUUGAAGGAGGAUUAAACAACUCGAUUGUUGUCAUUUGGUGCAAGUUUGCUGCAAAAGCAGGUGUGAUUCUGUUCUUCCUUUCCAAGAUGGGCCGAUGUGAAGAUUUAAAAAAAAAAAAGCUUUGGACGCCCUUGUUUUUGGGUUAUGUUCAGAUCAUUCAGCCCCAUUGUGGAAGACGAUGACCUUUUCCUUUCUUCCUCCAAGAAAGAUCUGUUAGGCCUGGAUGAUUGACAGAUAGCUUGGUCCCUCUGCUCUCUCCAGGAGUUAGAUGGUGUACUUUUGUGUUUGUACAACUAUAUAUUCCGUGAUUUUAUUUUUUUUUUCUUUUCUGUAUUGAUGUAAACAAGGGGGAGAAGGAUUCAAGAAAAGAAAGUAAAUUGAUGAUCCCAGUCCCACAAUAAAUGGUCAAAUGUU